UUCUCUUCUGGUUAGGUUGCUGUGGGCUCUGUCCUCCCGACUGCCUUAAAAUAAAAUAAAAAAGAAAGAAAGGGAGAAAGAAAACUUUUUUCUUGCUAAUUUCUUCUCUCCUCUCCGGAGAAGAGAAGAGAACGCCUCUCUCUCCCUCUCUCUCUCUGUGUGGAUCGCCAAGAAAGAAAAAUAUCGGAAGAAAAACCCUUCUGUCCUCGCGGUCGCGAUCUGGCCGACGUCUCUUGCCUCCCUCGAAAUCGAUCUCGGGGAUCCCGCGAUCGCCGUCUUCGCGCCUUCCGGCGUGGAUCGCCGCCGGAUUUUGGGGGGCGGGCGGGCUUGCGCCUAUCAGGGAGUGAUUCUAGAGUUUGGAUUCCGGAGUCCGGCUGCGGGCUUCCGGGAGGCGGUGGGAGGAGAGGGAUUUGAGCCGGGUGUCUUGUGUUGGGGGGUGGGGCGGGGUGGGGAGGGUGGGUGUUUAGGGGGCAUUGGAUGCCGUCGGUGAGGAGGAGGGAUGAAGGGAUGAAGGAGGUAUGGUUAGGGUUUGGGGGGAUGGAGGAGAACGAGCUCGAAGAAGGAGAGGCUUUCUCCGAGGAGGAGGAGGAGGACGACUCCUGCAUCGACCCCGACAUCGCCCUCUCGUACAUCGAUGAAAAAAUUCAAGAUGUAUUGGGGCAUUUCCAAAAAGACUUUGAAGGUGGAGUGUCUGCGGAAAACUUGGGUGCAAAGUUUGGGGGAUAUGGUUCUUUUUUGCCUACUUACCAGCGCUCUCCAUCCAUUCUGUCUCAAUCUAAAAGUCCACCAAGGGCACCAAACCACAAUGCUGCUAGAUCUCCCUAUGCCCCUUCAUUUGAGGGUACACGUAAGAAUCCUUCCAUCCAAAUGGGGUCGUCACACUCCACAAAUAACACUGCCUCAGCACCACCAUUGGGCAACUCAAGCAAAAAGGACAUGGGUAUGAGUGCACACAAUAAUGAGGAGCCCAUUCCCCAACAUGAUUCCGUGAAUAAACCAUUUAACGGCAGUGACCGGAAAACACUAAAGGUCCGCAUUAAAGUUGGCCCUGAUAACAUCUUGGCAACAAAUAAUGCUGCUAUCUACAGCGGUCUGGGCCUGGACGUGUCUCCAUCUUCAUCACUGGAGGACAGCCCUGAUUGGAAUGGAGGGCUUUCCCUUCAGUCUCAUCACAUGCCUGAUGAAUCUCCCAGGACCAUUCUCCAGAUGAUGACAUGCUCUCCAGUUCCUGGGGUUAUUUUGCUUUCACCUCUUCAAGUUAGUCUAUUCCAGUUGACAGAAAAAGACAGUGCUUUCAUUAAAAAUAAAAUGGGCAUGCUGUACGAGGGCAUUCCUGAUAAGUGUGCAGUUUUAGGUGAUUUGACAUUGCCUGUGAUAGAUGUCAAAGGUUACAAUGAAAAGAAAAGGAAGUCUAGUGAAAAGAGAGGGAAGUCCACGGAAAUAAAGAAUUUAAGAGACAAAGAUGACAUACGCACAAUUUUGAAUAGGGAAAUUGACAUUGAAACCCCAUCAGGACAAGAGCUCGUUUCUGAUGCAUUGAAUAUACCAGUGUUAUCUGCUUUGAAGGAUGCUGAUAGACAAGCAGAAAGGCAAGUAGUUAGGGAUUCGGUGAAAGGUGUCGCUGGGAUGUUGGAUCACUUGAAGGAACCAAAGAAGAUAACAGUGAAGGAGAGAAUGCCCUCACCUGAUUUAGUUAGGGAUAAACAAAUGGAGUCAACGGAAAGCAUGGAAAAUAAUGGAGUUGCCAAUUUAGGAAAUGAAACAACAUAUUCAAAAGGGAAACUUAACUCAAAAACAAUUAUGGCAGAGGAAGACUUGGAAGAACAAAACACAAGUAGCCAUAAGGGCACUUCAUUUGAUUUGCAAAGGGAAGACAGAAGCAAAGUUGAGAAAAGUUAUAAUCUAGUUAAUGCCAAUCCUAAUAUAGUUAAGGGGAGGAAGGAGCACAUGGCUGGACCAGUAAAUCACAUUAAACAGAUUUCUUCUCAAAAGGUUACUUCAUGUGAACAAGAAGGAGAAAAGAUAUUCCAAGGAAAGAACCAGUUAUUUGAGGGCAAAAGAAAGCUGAAGGGAAGCCAAACUGAUGCAGCACCACUUGUGGAGUUAUCAAAGGAUAAUCUAAGCAGUCAAUCUUCUGCAUCAUCAAGAGAAAAGAAGAAAAACUCUCGUACAAAACCUAACCAUUCUGAAAAGAAGUCCAAAGUUUCAAAAUCCCGUAUGGAUUUGAGUAAAGGCUCCUUUACGGAAUUUCGUGAUGAUGCCACAGGUCAUGAUGUAUAUCAAGAACAGCUUGAGGGUGGAACUGGUUUGCCAGAUUUUCAUGACAAAGAUAAGCUAAAGGUUCAGAACUAUGAACACGAGAAGGAGCCCUUUAUAUCAAUAGAACCAUCAAAGGGGAGGUCAGGUGUUAAAAAGGUUGAUGACCCUCCAGUCUCUGAUGUUUCUGUUAAUAAGUCUGCAGCUAUUGCUUUGAUGGGCAAUGCCCCAGCUUCAGGUGCAGCCACUGCCACCCAUGCUCCUGUUGUUAUAGAGGAAAAUUGGGUAUGUUGUGAUAUAUGCCAGCAAUGGCGCCUCUUACCCUACGGGACCAAUCCUGAUCACCUCCCUAAGAACUGGCAAUGUAGCCUGCUCAGUUGGCUGCCUGGAAUGAAUAGUUGCAAAUUCAGUGAAGAGGAAACAACAAAAGCUCUAAAUGCACUCUAUCUGAUACCUGUCCCUGAGACUGGUGCUAGUUUGGAGGGCCAUCAUAAUGUUGCUGCAUCAAACAUUACUUUAAACCAUGCUCUGCAUCUCAAUCAAAAACUCGAACAUAAUAUGCAAAGUGUGCCUGCUAUUGGGAAGAAAAAGACUGGCCCCAAGGAUGUGUCUAAUGUGCUAAAUCGUUCAACUCAAGUUUCAAAUCCUGUGAAAGGGAAGCAACUGGCCUCGAACAACAGUAGAAGUCUGAAUGAUGUUAACCAGUAUGUUUCCGAAACAAACUCAUCUGACAAAGCUGGCCUCAGCCAUGCAAGCAAAUCAAAUGAGUUCACUGCAGAGAAGAAAAAACAGAAACAAAAGGGGAAGCACAAAAAUCUGGGCUGCUAUUCAAAUGGAGGUGAUAUUAUUGAAAGAAGCGAGAAAUAUUCGAAACCAAAAAGCAAGAGAGAGGUUGAUCAAAAUGAUUUUAUAGCAUUUAAGAAAAUCAAGAAAGAAGGUUCACAUUAUCCUGUAAAAGAUUGUUAUUCUGACCAUGAUAUAGCUGGAAAAGCAGGUACGUACAUGGUUAAUGGUCUGUCAACUAAGGUGGUUCAUGAUCUUCGGAAACAUGGUGAUGUUUCUUUGUCCAAGGACUUGAGGUGUAAGUCCAAAGGCAGUUUAUCUUCGUCAUCUAAGAGGUUGAAUGAUGAAGUUCAGUUUCUUCCAAAUGGGGAGAUUAAAGAACAACUCAGUGCAUCAGAUGUGGAAAAAUCCAAGAAACUGGACCUUACUGCUAAGAAGAGAAAGCUGAAGGAGUGGCAGGAUGAUCAGCACAAUCAGGAGGGCCAGGCUACUGUUAAAGAAGUAUUAAGUGAAACUGAGAUGUUAAGGAAAGGUAGGGUUUUAAAGUCCGAGGGAAAGGAGUCCAGUACAGGGAGGAUGGACAAAAAAGGUUCCUCAACAAGAAUUGACUUGCCUGCUGGCAGAGAGCAUCUAUCCGAUGGACUUGAUGAGGAGGGCAGAUAUGCUGCUGGAAAAGUACAUCAGUUGGGGCUGUGUCAAGAGAAUGCAACAUCUGGACAGGUGUUGGAUUUUGUUGAUCCCUUGAAGAGGGACAUCGCUUAUGCACAGGCUUCUACAGCAGCUACUUCGAGUUCUUCAAAAGUUUCAAGCUCCCACAAAAGUAAGGCCAACUUUCAGGAAACAAAAGGCUCUCCUGUAGAGUCAGUUUCUUCAUCUCCAUUAAGGGUUUUAAAUACUGAAAAGCUUUUUAACAAAACAAACUCAGUGGUAAAGGAUGAUGCUUUAAAUGUUGGUUUCUCAGACCUGGGGAGCCCCAAAAGAUGUUCAGAUAGUGAAGCUGAUGGUGGAAGCGACCAUUCUGGAAAAUGUAGGAAGGAGACAGCUUGUUCCACCGAACAACGACAUAUUGAAAAUUAUAGGGCAGUGGAAUCUGGAGUUCAAAAUCCCGUGAGAGGGCCAUUUUAUCAUCAGGAUAGAGAAGCAAAUAAGUUGCCUGGUGGCAAAGCUGCAGUUGGGAUGCAUUUGAAAAGGGUUAGCCAUGAUGGUCUCUCACCCACCGAAUUUGAAGAGAUUAAUGUGGUGAAUGCUACUAGGGCUUUUAUGGAUCAGCACGGUGAAUAUCCUCAUGGACAUCCAUAUAAAGAUGGUAUUCAAGAUUUAGAAAAGCUGAAUAAACACCACCAGGUAAAUGGUUCUGGUCAACAGAAGUCCAGUAAGAACUCUUCUUCACGGUUCAAUGAGAGACACAGGAGCUCUAAAUCAGACUUGGAAAAUGGUAAGCUUAAGGUUUCUGGCUUGUCUAGUGGAAACAAGGAUUCGUAUGCUAUGAAGAGUGGCAGUGGCUGCCAACAGACGGUUGACCUUGAUUCUCAUCUGCAUCCUACCUACCUUGAAGAUCUGAGGGAUAGAAAUUACAAUUUCCCGGAGAAGGAUGAGAAAGAUUUCUCAGGGAAGAAAGGCUCUGCCACAAGAUGUUCUGCUGGUAAGAGAGAUAAUGGAAUACAAGAAAAUUUGGAUAUUCAUGGUCCUUCUGUGCUUUAUAAUCAGUGCAAAGAUCUUGACUCAAGAGUUGCAGUUCUAGGAGCUAGAUGUAGCAAGUCCAAUAUAGAGGAUGACCUACAACUGGCAUCUUCUUACAAUAAUGAAAAGCCAUCAAAUAGCAUCAUUUCUAAUCUAAUUGAUCAGGGGGAACUGCCGGCCAAAACAGGGAAAGCACAUUUAAUUUUGUCUUGUGGAGAUAAACAAGAAACACACAGUCGGGGCCCUCAAAACUCUUCACCUGUCAAGGGAAGCAGGUCAGAAUUACCCUCCAAGGAUGCAGGAAAUACUGGUGCAUCAAAGGCAAUCAAACAGUCUAGACAGCCUGAUAUCCAGAAUGGGGUGCACCACAAUAGUUUGAGGCAAGCCACCCCAAAUGGUCCUGACACUUCAAGUCCAAUUCGAAAGGAUACCCAUUCUACUGCAAAUGCUGUCAUGAAAGAAGCGAGAGAUUUAAAGCAUACAGCUAAUCGUUUGAAGAGUGAGGGACUAGAACUUGAAAGCACAAGCCUAUACUUUCAGGCUGCCUUGAAGUUUUUACAUUGUGCCUCUCUUAUGGAGCCUCUCAGUUUUGAUAGUGCAAAACAAGGGGAUGCAUCCCGUUCAAUGCAGAUGUAUUUUGAAACGGCAAAACUCUGCGAAUUUUGUGCCCAUGAAUAUGAGAGAUGCAAAGAAAUGGCAGCUGCUGCUUUAGCAUACAAGUGUGUGGAAGUGGCCUAUUUGAAGUCUGCAUACUACAAAUAUCCCAGUGCGAGCAAAGAUCAACAUGAGUUGCAAAGUCAGAUUCUUCAGCCAGGGGAGUCGCCAUCCUCUUCUUCUUCAGAUGUUGAUAAUCUAAACAAUCAGGCUACAUUAGGUAAGGCUGCAUCAGCCAGGGGUGUCAAUUCUCCUCUCAUUGCUGGCCCCCAUGGUAUAGCUGCUCGCAGUCAUCCUCAUGUCAUGCGGUUGCUCAGCUAUACAAAUGAUCUAAAUUGUGCGUUUGAAGCGACUAGGAAAUCACAGAUUGCUAUUGCUGCUGCCAGUGUCAGCCUGGAAAAGGAGAGGGCUGAUGGCGUGUCUAAUGUGAGAAAUGCUCUCGAUUUCAACUUUCACAAUGUAGAAGGACUACUGCAACUUGUACGGUUUUCAAUGGAGUCUAUUGGUCGCUAGGUGUUCGAAGACAGAGGAGACAUUGUCCAUGUGAAUAGAAACAGUAUAUCAUGUUCCUCUGCUUUAUCCUCUGCUAUGCUGGUUUCAAUGCGGUGAAAAUGCUGGACUAGUUUUCAUCUGAGUUUCUACAAUAGCAUGCUCUUUCUUUCAAAAGGGAUUGGAUUUCUCAGUCUUGCAUCCUGUAACAUGUGUACAGAAAGAUCAGCUUGCAGUCUUUGCAAAGUAUUCUUUGCAGCCUUUGGUAUUUUAGGCAUGGAAAAUGGCUUAAAUUUUUUGCCCCUUGCCCAAUCAUUUAUAGAGAGGUGGCAGGUGUAAUGCAUUUCUUGUUACUCUCCCUUAGCAAUGAGAUGGAAAUCAUGCUAUAGACGUGGGUUGUUUCACUUGCUUUGUUCGUGGAUUCAAAAUCUAUUUGACAGCAGAAAGAUGGUGGGAAGUGGUGCAAGCAUGAAUCAUUUUCCAUCAAGCUCAAUUUGGUAUGAAGUGCCCAAUAUCACCUUGUUUAAAGUGCCAUGAAGCUGAAUACAAACUUACGUUGCAUGUCAUGGUUUUUCUAUUAACUUUUGUUUAUAUCCAGUAUCAGAACAUGUGAUGUUGGAUGGGGCAGACUGCUACCAAGCAAUUGGCGUGUAUAAAGACAUUUAGUUUGUAUGUUUUCUGACAUGAAGCUUCUGUUUCUGACCUCCCUCAAAAAUAGGAAAUUUGUUAAAUAUUAAAUCGUUAUGCUAACAUAAGGUGGGGAGUAGGAAUAUUUUUGUUGGGUUCUAGUUGCUGUCAGGCUUCAGACAAAGCUUCAACAAACUUCGUUCUACCUGGUUACACUGAACAACAUGUUAAAGAUUUCACAAGCAGUAAUAUGCAUUCAUAUUGGAGAGACAGGAAGAGAUGAGAAAGUUUUUUAUAAGGACGAUAUGGUGAUGGAAAAACCAGGGAGAACACCAGAUAGAAGAGGAAAAAAAUACUUGAAAAGAAUCAAAGAAAACAAAAUGCUUGUUCAAGGGGUACCUGUGUACAUUCUCAGACCAACGAUAACUUUCUACCAGAAUCUUUGUUGGUCAGAUCGUAUUCUUUAUUUUGGAGAAAAGAACCCUUAUAUUCUCCUCUUUCUAAAUUUUGCUAGAAAGCCUUAUCUCCCCAUGUCAAUAGUUUGUUCUUUUGAUUCACUGAUAGUUUUGAAAUAUGUUGACUAAAAUGCUUGAAGAAUGUCCGCACAAGUGGAACUGUGUGACCUUGUAUGGAACUGCUUGUACAAUUUGCUGUUGGACAGCGGAUUAUUUCAUCUCCAAUCAUUGGAGAUUUAUGAAUACUUUAACGACAUCAUUAUGUAUACUAAUAAUUUUGCAGAUUUGAGUGAAUAAGUUGUAAGUGAUGGAUAUUUUGUUGAGUAAA